AUGGUACACUGUGUUUUGCAAGACAAAAACGAUGAAGAUCUGCAUUCACUUGUGGAUCUGUUGGACAAAGGUUUCGAGCUGACGCAUGAACACUGGAGAAUAGGGGUUUUGAAGAGAGACAAUGCAUUGCAUUACAUUGCAUCUCAGUUAUAUCGCUAUCCCCAUUCAGAAAGAGCGAGACAAAACUCUAGACCUUCUUCUUCCGACGAAUCAGUAGAGGCGAAGAUUAACAAGCUCAUCAAGAUGUUCGUAGAUGGACAGACACAUAUCCGUUCUCGAUUAUCAAAGAUUGAACAAAAGCUGGGAAUAUAUGUUCCUUCCGAUUCUAUUGAUGAGGCUAUUAUUGGUUUUUCGUUGAAGGAGCUUACUCAUGUGGACGUACGAACAGGUUUAGACGUCACUGGUUCGCGACGAAAUGAUUCACUAGAUCCGAUGAACAAAAAUGUGGCAGAAGAGAAAGGCAAAUCACAGCGGGUGCCCCAGACACAGAUGGGAAAGGAUAAGGUGUCCAUACCACUAGAGCAAGAGAGACGCAAAUCACAGCGGGUGCCCCAGACACAGAUGGGAAAGAAUAAGGCGUCCAUACCACUGGAGCAACAAAUUAUAGUUUGCGGACUUGUCGCUAGUAAAGCUGCUCCUUCAAAGGGGAUUACAGGCACGAGUCCUAAACCUUACUUGACGGAAGGUGCUUUAGUCGAGGUAUCGGAUGAAGAUAACAAGUGGUUUCCUGCUUCGUUGAUAAAUAGACAGCCAGGUCUAGGUCUUAUCCGCAGCUAUUAUUUGAAGUUCUUGAGCCUUGGUAAGUAUAAGAAUGUCCAAGAGAUGCGGAUCCGUCCUACACCGCCUCCUCUGCCUGAGGCAGAACAUUCCACUGAUGUUUUAACACUCACGCAAGACAUUGAUGCCUACCACGAUGACCACUGGUGCAGAGGUUAUGUUCAAGUGCUUCUCGAUGGUCAAGAAGUUUCUAUCCACCUUCAUCAUGCCGAGAAAAACCUUACGUUCCAAAUUAGUGACGUAAGGAUUCAUAGAGAAUGGGUGGACGAGGCGUGGGAUCCUCCUGUGGAUGUAGAUAUACAGGAAAAUGCAGAGACGUCUGCUUCGCCCAUCAGAGUUGAAAACAUUUCAGAGCAAAUGCGUGAUCAGGCAAACGUAAAUGAUGAGGAACGUAAGGAGGAUUCUCCAGACGAGAUAAUCCGAAGUGUCAUAAGUGCUUACACCGUAUCAGAAAAAGAUGAUGGAAACGAUGGAGUAAGAAAGAAAACAUUUUCUAUUGCGCUUGAUGAGUGA